AUGGCGUCUGCAACAUCGCCGAUAUAUGGCGAGUUUCAUAAUGACAACGCGCCGGAUCCGCUCUCGGUCGGCGACCGCGCCGCGGCGGAGCGGGGGCCGCGGGCUCGCCGAGUUGACGUCAUGCACAACGCUUUCAACCAAUCAGCCAACCUCACAGACGUGGAGCUCGAUCCCGAUCUCCCCGAAAGCCCCUUCAGCCUCGCCCAGAAGAUCGUCAUCGCGAUAAUCGCCACCGUCCUCUCCGUGCUCACCGUCGUCGGCAACUCCAUGGUCAUGAUCAGCUUCAAGAUCGACAAGCAGCUUCAGACCAUCAGCAACUACUUUCUCUUCUCCCUCGCGGUCGCCGACUUCGCCGUCGGCUUGAUAUCGAUGCCGCUCUUCACGAUGUUCACGAUAUACGGGUACUGGCCGCUCGGGCCCCACGUUUGCGACACCUGGCUGGCUUUGGACUACCUAGCGUCUAACGCGUCCGUACUCAAUCUCUUAAUCAUAAGUUUUGAUAGGUAUUUUAGUGUGACGCGGCCGCUCACUUACAGGGCUAAAAGGACUACACGCCGCGCGACCGUUAUGAUAGGUGGUGCGUGGGGCUUCAGUUUGUUGCUGUGGCCUCCCUGGAUCUAUGCGUGGCCGUACAUAGACGGGGAGAGGAAGGUGCCCCCGAACGAGUGUUACAUCCAGUUUAUAGAGACGAAUCAGUUUAUUACAUUCGGGACCGCCAUUGCUGCGUUUUAUGUGCCAGUGACAGUUAUGUGUAUAUUAUAUUAUAAGAUUUGGCGGGAGACGAAAAAAAGACAGAAGGACCUGCCGAAUCUUCAAGGGGGAAAGAAGCACGACUCGUCGAAAAGAUCGAAUUCUAGUGACGAGACUCGAGAAGUUGAUGGUCGUACGAGGUCUGAGUCUGGGGACGCAGAUUCUGUGUACCACGUCAGAGGGGCGUUGCAUGACGCACGCUGGAGAGAUCACCAGGGUGCAUCAUCGCGACAGCCAAAGCGUGGCUGGAUGGCUGUCAGGGAGUGGUGUGUGGCAUGGUGGCAUUCGGGGAGGGAAGAUCUAGAAGACACUGAGCCAGAAGAAGAACCUUCUGACCCUGGGUACGCGACACCGGUUUCAGUUGAAACGCCACUUCAGAGUUCGGUUUCGAGAUGUACUUCGUUAAAUGUCAUACGAGAUCCGUAUGCUGGACGUGGUGGGUCUGGAGGUUCGACUGUGGCAGAUGGGGGAACGUCGCCUCUACGGCGAAACUUUGAGCCUCCUGCCCCCAUACCAGCAGCAAGGGACAGUCGCUCUCUUCCCCCCAAUACUAGAAUAAACGCUUCUACCUCACCAGUGCCAAAAUCUGCAUCUGCUGAUUCUGUGUACACUAUUUUGAUCAGACUGCCUGAUGCGGAUACAGAAAGACCUAGUAUUAAGAUGAUCACAGAGGAAUCACCCCCAACAAAUGCGCGAACACACUAUCGGCCCCCUGCAAGAGGGGAUUCAGAACUUAACUUGCAUCCGGCAGGUCAUCCAGCAUUAACAAGAAGAACGUCACACAUACAAGAUGUUCGAAUACCUCUAAACGCAAAAAUAAUUCCUAAACAAUUGGCAGGUAAAGGUAUAACUUCGAAGCAACCGAAGAAAAAGAAAACUCAGGAGAAGAAACAAGAGACGAAAGCGGCAAAGACGCUUUCGGCCAUUCUUCUGUCUUUUAUCCUCACUUGGACGCCUUAUAAUAUUCUCGUGUUGCUGAAACCUCUCACUGCAUGCACUAAGUGUAUCCCGGACGAACUAUGGUCCUUUUUCUAUGCUCUGUGUUAUAUAAAUUCAACGAUAAAUCCAGUUUGCUAUGCUUUAUGCAAUGCAACUUUUAGAAGAACGUAUGUUAGAAUUUUGACUUGUAAGUGGCAUAACAGAAAUAGAGAAGCUAUGACUAGAGGAGUGUAUAAUUAG